UUCAGAUUCAAAUGCAACAUUUCACCAUUGGGGCCCGACAGUGUCCGGAAGAGUCGAGUCGGUGGUGGUCCCCAGUCCGUACUCUCCUCCGGAUGAGUCCGACUGUGUCAGAGUGUGUGUCUAAAACGGGUAAAGAGUGUAUAUCGCGGUUCCAAAUCGAUUGCCAGACCAGCUAGUUUAGUUAGGCGGUCUCUCGCAGCCCAGAUAAGAUACGGGUUGUGCGCCAAGUGCCAAGUGCCAAGUACUCGCUCGGUGUGCUCUUCGAGUUCAGAAAGACAUACAUUCUGGCCACCGAGCACUGAGGAACUGUCCCUCCCGCCCGGUUACACAAUAGUUCUGUUUGAAACAUGGCUGAUAGCACUCUGGAGUCGGAUCCCGGCCAGCUGAAGAUUCUGGGCCAACUGAAGACCAUCGAGCAGAUCAACGAGCAGCGCCGGAUCUUCCUCAAGAGCACCAUCAACGAGGAGGGGAGUCCGGAGGAGAAUGGCAAACUGGAGAACGGCAAUGGUAAUGACAAAAAGGAGGAGGAGGAGCUGGAGAAGAAUCUAAAGGAUCUGGAGGAGAUCCCGGAGAAGCCAGAGGCAGACAAGGUGGAGGAGAAGGUGGAGAAAGUGGAGAAACCCCAGCCACCCAGCAGCCUCAGCCUGAACGUCAAAUACGCCACCUUGCCCAGUCCCAGUGUGGUGACCCUGCGAUCUCCGCUCUCCCCACCGCCCAAGCCACCCAUGCUCUCCCGCACCCGGAGCAUCGGAUCCGGGGAUGGCAGGAGUCCCUCCAUCAAUGGCGGCUUCACGCCCGAGAGCAGCUCCCUGCUCCGCCAGAGUCUGACCGAGGGCGUGGUCAUCGAUACUCCCACAAAAUCCGUAACAUCCAGUGGUACUGUGGCGGAGAAUUCCGUGGAGGAGUCGUCGACGGCCACCAUUUCCGCCCGGCACUACGAGGGUCUGAUCGAGGAGCUGCGCUGUCCGGGAUGUGCCGGAGCGAUGAAGGCGCCCGUGCUGCUCUGCAAGAGCGGGCACAGUGUCUGCGAGCAGUGCACCCGGAUCCUUCUCAUGUGUCCACUGUGCAAGGAACCCUUUACCACCUCCCGCUCCCUGACCGUGGAGGCGUUGUGCGCCAAGGCGCACUUCCGCUGCGGCCACGCCUCCGGCGGCUGCCAGGUGCGGAUGCCAGUGGUGCUGCUACCCUGGCACGAACAGCAGUGCAUCUACAAGCCGAUGAAGUGCUUCAUGGGCCGGGUUUGGGGCGAGUGCCGGUGGCAGGGACGCGAAGUCCAGUGGAAGGAGCAUCUGGAGGAGCAGCACGGCGAUCGGCUCUUCCGCGCCACCACCGCGGAUCUGGUGUGGGAAAUGGCUAUCCGCCGGAAGCCCCUCACCGGCUACUAUGUCUUCCAGGCCCACGACGAGAUGUUCAACUUCUAUGAGAUCCACGACCGUCAGCGCAUCCUCUUCACCAUGACCUGCACCUCGAACCGGCGGGACAGCAAGUACAACUACGCCUACGAGGUCACCAUCCUGCAUCCGGACAACGAGGCUCUCUCCAUGACCCAGAAGUUUCCCGUUCACAGCGAAUACGACAAGGACAUCCUCCUCGAGGGCACUUGUGUCAGUAUUCCACUGACGGAUCUGACUCGUUUUGUGGAUCAGGAUAAGCAGAUCCUUCACUAUCGUGUCAAUGUCCUGGAGGUGAAGUCGCCACGUAGGGCGAAACCUCCACGGCAGAGUCUUCCACCCCAGCCAGUGGACCACGAUCCGACCAAGAUAGUGGGCGUCAAUGGGAAAAGCGUGCCGACCAGCAUGAUCAUCACCCGGACCUACAAGGAGGCCAUGGGUGAGAUAGUGGCUGCCGAGACUCCCACGGAUGGCAGUUCCUCCACCAAUCUAGAGGAGGAGACCCCGGAAAUCGAGAGAAAAUGGGGUACACCCCAGCUCCAUUUCAAUCGGAAGUAUCUGAGAAAUACUCUUAACGAGACAGCCAACACUCCGGAUCAGGAUGAACUGCGUCCGCUGGCCAGUGAUGUCCUGAGAAACGGACACGGCGAUGACAAGCUCUCCCUGUGUAGCAACAGUACCAGUUAUACGAAGAAGGUGUCCGAUUCGCUUCGGAAGAGCUUCCGGGCUCUGAAGGCGGACAUCGUGGAGAUGCGUCCCUUUUCCAAAAAGUCCUCCAAGGCGGCCAUAUCCAGUGGGCCUUCCUCUCCGGUUCAAGCCAACGGUAACUAGUGAUUGCAUACGUUUUCCCUUUUUUUUUUAUUCUGUGUUCAGAUUAACGGUAAAAAAAAAAAAUAUAUGUAAAUAAUUACAAUGUAUACUUAAAAAAAUAAUAAAAAAUAUAUGUAGCAACUA